AUGAUUCAGUUGAUCUCUCAUUCUACUUCAAAUUAUCAUUUGUUGACUCUUUUUAUUGUCCUUCUUAUUUCUAUCAAUAACAAUCAAAUUUCAGCUUAUAGUAUCAGCAGUGAAUUUGAUUAUGAUCAUCAUGAUCCAAUCUAUAAUGAUUUAUCGUAUGAAAACAUUAGAAAAAAUGAAUUACCCAUUUUAACAAAUCCUAACAAUUUAUAUGUACCCGAUAGUGAUGAAAUAAUAUCAAGAAAUCCUUGGUCUGAAUUAUUCCAUCGUUAUUAUGCUCGAUCCAUUCUUACUCCAACAUAUAAUUCAUUCGCACAACCUGAUUUUAUUUCACGACGAGAUGUAAAUCAAUUUGUUCCAUAUUCAAUUGAAAAACGUCUAAUUCCAAUUGAACUUCAAAAAGCCCUUUUUGCUCAUGGAAUUGUAGGUCGUCGACGUUAG